AUGGGAGAAGAUGCAUCGGUAAACAAUUAUGACAUCAUAUCCAUCGGUGAUUCUGCGUCCUCAAAUGACGAUCACUCCAACUCAGAUCGCACCAACUACUUCAGAAACAUUUCCUUGUCAUAUUUUGCUGCCCAACCAACCGAAAUGCUGUCUAAACACUUAGAGUUCAAGGAACUAUGCUUUGAGAGUGGGAACCCUGAGGCACACUAUAUUGAGGGCAUUCUUCAAUUGUUCGUAAAGGAAGAUGAGCAGGCAGGCCUAUAUCAUUUACGCCAAUCAUCGGAUGGAGGUUAUAUAGACGGUACGUAUCUUUAUGGUUUGUCACUGCUUGCUGUAGAACGAUUUCAUAAAGGUCAGAAGUAUUUGGAUAAACUGGGAUGGAAGGAAAGUCGUUCAACCUCCGAUCAAUGCUGGGAAAGAGUAAAGAAAUCUCUGACUGAUAUCCCGUACUUCAUGAACCAAGGCUACUAUAUAGCUCGUGCCAACCUUGAGACACUCUGUGGUUGCCGCUCAAGGAAAAGACGUGGUCGAGUAUGCAACCAUGGUUACUACUAUGAAAGGCUUAAUCAAUUUGUUGAGUUUGCUAUGAGUAAAAACAACUAA